AUGACUAGACAUAACCCGAUUGCAAUUCUCCCGCAGCAGCAGCAGCAAACAAGCAUCCUUUGCCCUACUCCAAACUUUCUUGAGGACCCUGAUAUGACAGAAGAGCAGAGGCAAAUAAUUAUGAAACGUAUUCACGAAGUAAGGUCAAAAUAUGAAGCCUUUGUGGAAAAAGAUAUUAAUCAAAAGAUACAAACUAUUAUAUUUGCUUCUGAUUUAUCAGAAGAAGAGGCACGCUUGGCACUGUCUCUUUGUCAUGAUGAUGAACAUGAAGUUCUUAACAAGCUUGCAGGAAAGGGUGCGCGAGGUUUUCGUAGUUUGCUACAACCUACUAGCUGCAUAUCUGGUGAAAAAUAUAUAGAAGAUGGUUACUCUUCUCCUUCAGUUCACUCAGCUGAAGAAUUUGAUUCAAUAGAUGAAAUAGAAGUUCCGUUCACUUUACCAUCAACACGAACCACCGUCAUUUCUCUUGGUUGUUAUCACAAGUCUCCAUCAUGGUGGUCAAGCCCAGGUUCAUUAUAUCAUCAUCCAAUUCCUAUUAAUUACAAGGCCAAACGAAUUGAAUCGAAUACUACUUAUAUCAUGUCCAUUGAAGAAGAUUUAACAACUGGAAAUCCACUUUUCAGAAUUACAAACCAAGCGACAAAACAAUCUUUUACUGGAAGUUCACCCACAAAACCAUGGACAAUGGUAUGCAUAUCCCAUUCAUCAUCAAGAGCAACCCGUAUUUCUGGUCCUUUAUUCUUUGGAUUUUCGGACCCAUUAUUACAACAAUUACUCACAAAAAUGGUUAAAGAAAAUGAUGUCGAGGAAUAUUAUUACAGAUUUGUUGGUGAAAGUGAGACAUUUUGUUGUGAAAAAGAAUGGAAAGACGAAGAAAGACAAAUUCUUUUAUCAGAAAUCCAUCGAUUUUGUGGAAGUGUUAGCUCAUCAAUUUCGGAUAGUGAUGUUUCUUUUCCUUUUGGGUUAAUUGCGCGUAAUAUUCCCAAUCGAACGGGAUUUCAAUGUCAAUACGAAUACAAUCGCCUAGUAACUACCGGUCAAAUUAGUGAAUUAGAUGGUUGUCCCGUGACGUCUUUACGAGUAAAUUACGACAAACUAGUUAAAUCCAUGUCUUCUAAUGGUCAAAUUAAACGAGCAAGAAAAUUUUCUAGUCAAAAAGAAGAUGAUAAAUGGAACGCGAAGAAUAAAGCUAAAUUUAAUCCUUGGAAUCCAUUGCCAAACAUGAAAGACGCGAUUACUAUGGAAUAUAUGAAUGAACCAGCAAUCUCACCAGAUGGGUAUGUAUGCGAUUACAAAACAUGGAUCAAAAUUCUACAUUCUCAUGAAUCCAAAGAUACCUGUCCCAGGAUCGAUCAAAGGACUUUAGAGAUGUCUACUUUAAUCAAUGAGUUUGAAGAUAUCCUAAAUGCUGAAGUUUACAUCGACCUUGAUAAGCUGCGAGAAUUGUCUAGACAUGGUAUUCCCAUAAAAGUUCGAGGGGAAGUAUGGAAGUAUUUACUUGGUGUUAAUCCGGCUGAUAGAUCACAAGAGUUAACUAGCCUCAAAGCCAAAUAUGAUGAAUAUUAUAAUAUAGAAAAAGAAAAUGCGGAUAUCAUUAAGCGAGUCCGUGGCGAAGUUAGCCGAUAUCAACGUAAAAUGAAGAAUGCCGAUGCUUUUAGUCAUCGUGCAAAUAUCUUUGAAAAUGUCAUCGGUGCUCAUAUGAAUCGUAACCGAGAUAUUGAAUAUCAACCAACUUUCGUUUACCUAUGUGGUCCGUUCGUAUAUUGCAUAAAAAAUGAACCAGAUGUAUAUUAUUGUUUCACUCGACUUAUGGCUAUAUUGGACGAGUAUAACUCUACCUACAAUAUAAACGAGCGUGUCGCGAAUUUCAUGACAUUGUUCAGAGCGGUCAUUCCUGAUUUAUGUAAUUAUUUUGAAGAGGAAGAAGUAAAUAUUAAUGAAUGGGCAUCAUCGUGGUUGCAAUUUUUAUUAGCAAAAGAACUUCAAUUUGAUGAUUUAAUGCGACUUUGGGAUACGUAUUUUUCUAUUCCCGAUCCUAUCGAAUUACAUCCAUAUGUAUGCUUAGCUGUGCUAAAACAUACCAAAGAGAAUCUUGAGGAGUUGGAACAAUCGGAAAUUAGGUCAUUGUUAUUAAGAUUACCCUCUCUGGAUAUGGAGCAGGUAAUUAAUCAAGCCUUUAACUUUAGACAUGAGAUAAUGGAAAGGCAAAUUUCAGAUAGCCUUUAG